UAACAAUAAAAGUUCCUUAAAAAUUUAAAGGAUACAUUUGGUGUGUUAACCUGUAAGACUUAUUGAGGGUUAGAAUUAAUACGGGUAACAAGGCGUGACGGUUAGCUUCGACACUGUCGAGCAUUUUCAGCAGCCCGUCGACUGAUGACACUACUAUCGGAUGUCAGUUUGGAAGAAAACCAAAUUUUGCAUAUAUCAGAAUGAGCAGUUUCAGCAGACCAGGCUCACAAAGAGGGCCGCCCUUCACAAGGACACCGCUGUUGAGAAUGUCAAAACAAGACCUUGAGAGAGAUUCAGGAUUCUCAGAUGCCAGCUCCGAGUACCUCAGCACAGUGGAGGUCACAGACUCAGAAGAUGCUGGGAGGAAUGGGUCAGUAGUCGGUCAUGAACCAGGUGGUCAGCAGGUGGCUGUGAUGGGUGGAUCAUACUCCGGGCUUUCCCCGAUGAUCAUCAUGAACAACUUUGUCCUGAAGCAGCCAUCUUCCUUGGCUCCACCAGAAAAGCAGUGGGGCUUUCCUUCAUCAGUGGAGGUGAUGCCCCAAUCCCAAGUGGUUCUUCUUCAGCCAGUGGUAUCAAAUGGCUCUAACUGCUCACCCAAAGCUGGCUCUGACAAUACGCGGCAAUCUAAAAGCUACACACCUAUCCUCAAGUCAUACCCCAGAAUUGCCCCCUACCCGGUGGAUACAUCCUCCAAGAAAGGGAGAUCAUCGAUUGCAAAUGGAAGAAUGGGAUAUGAGCAGCAUCAGAGGAGACCCCAUGACCCCCAGAGGCUUGACGUGUCCCCCAGCCCACUGUCAGCUGUGCACAUUUCAGCCCAAGCUGUCUCAAGUUUCGAAGCAGCAACCAGCGAAGCUCAGGUUAUUGAGAGUCAGGAACAAGAUUCCAACAAAUCUCUGGCCUCAGAUGAAACCAGCUCGUUAAUGAACUACACAUAUGAGGAGCUGAGGACUGUACCCGACGACAACAGCAGCAGCAGCCUGCUUACAGAGAAAUAUCAGGAUCCCAUCUCCAUCCACAGUAACAAGUUAAAGCGUUUCAGCAAUACCUACAACAUUCUCAGCAAGUCUGGCCUGCUAGGGAUUACGCUGCGCACCAAGCAACUGAUCAAGGAAAACAAGCGCACCCAGGGUCAGCUCCACCUUCUGCAGGAGCAAACAGCUUUGCUGCUUGAAGCUCUGAGUAGUGGGGAUCCACAGCUGUGGACCAAGCUACAGCUCUCUCUGCAGGACACGGAAACAGAGCAUUUCCAGGUUAAAGCUCAGCGUGUCCUAGCGUAACAUGUUUAAUUGAUGUAACCAGCAGUUUUAAAUCUGGUUUCAGAAGGAUUAUUAAUGAGGUCAGCUGCUGAAUGUGUCACAUCGUUAUGAAAAACACAGCUAGCCUCUCACUGCUUUAUCAGAUGGUGGGGGGUGUACGGUGCCUUACAAAGGUUUACAGACACCUUUAAACCUUUUUACAUUUUGUCAUGUUGCAAACACUUCACAAAACAAACAAUUAGUUUUUUCUAUUGACAUUUCUCCCCAUAGACCUCUGCAAAGUAAAAGUAUUAUGAAAAAGAUGCUUUUUAGAAGCAUGUGCCUUGCUCAGGGGCACAUUAACAUUUGAUGGGGGAGAGUUGGAAUAGACAAGAAAACUUUCACAUUCUAAGACAGCUGCUCUCCCCACUGGGCCACAGUGAUAUUAUUUAACGUGACAAAAUGUGUGGAGGUUAAAGGGACAUAAAUACCUGUGUAAAGCACUGUUAACGGUUUUAAAUGUAGAAUUCAGGAAUUUAAAAAACAUUUAUCACUGCUGGUUGGGCUUGAAUCUUAAACACAGCAUCUAUACUGAAGCAGAGUUUUAAAGCAUGCCUUCAUUUCUAAUCUUUGCCUUUUACAAAAUAUCUGCCUCUGAUGUUGCGCAAUGGGUGAAAGUGUUUCUUGGAGCAGGACUCUCUGGCGCAUCAGUGUCAAACCGAAGUAACGCACGCCUUACAGCCAAUAACAAGCCAGAUGGAUGCAUGAUGUCUGUCAUGCAUUUUUAACAAACAGGUUAACGUGUUUUCUGUGUCCAAAAUAUUCUUUGAAUGUUCGGUAACUACAUGAAGAGAUGCUUGAUUUCUGUAGCUCGCACUCUCAAGCAACAGUUAAAUUACACUAAAGAACUGAAGGAAGUGGGACACAUUAAACUAUAAAUAGCAUAUAUUUAAAAUAAUAACACUGCCUAAAGAUGAUUGAUCUUUUAUGUUUUAUUAGCAACAGGCUUGAGUACUGAGACAAGUGAACUGAGAUUCAGGCUUAUCUAGGUCAGAUCCCUUCCUUUCACUUCAUCUGGUCUAAAACAGUUCUGUUAAGUGAUCUACUUCAUUGGUGGUUGCAGUAACAAACAGAUGUGUUUGAUGUUGGUUUUCAGGAUUGUGCCUAGGUCCAUGUAAUGGCAUUCAGAAAGAAGGAUCAGGGUAUUUUACUCUUUCUCUCUAAUAAUAUAAUAAUUCUCUAAUAAUAAUAGUUAUUUAAAAGUAGACCUUAAUUGGUCCAGAUUGGAUAACUAAAUGAGAAGCCAUGUAGAUGCCUGAAAACCCAGUUGCCCUAAGUGCUGUUAACUAAAAUGUUACAUUUAUUUAGUAUUACAUGGGUACCAUUAUUUUUCUGAUUGUAUCAAUAUAACUUGCUCUGAAAGGACUUAAGGUACAUAACUAUCUGUUAUUCCUGACUGUACCAGU